GAUAAGAUUCGAUAUCAUUUAUUGGGGGAUAAGAAAUUACACUGAAAUAAACCUAUAUCUAUAAGUUUUUACAUUUGUGGAUCGGCCCCAGCUAAAUACAGAAGAUUAAUUUUCGGUUACAAAAACUCAAUCAGUUGUUUUAGUUGCUGUUUUCAGAAGGAAGGGGAAAAAAUGGGAUUUGUAUUACCAAAGAUUGUAUCUCAUUUGAGGCUGUCUGGUGGAUCACUAUUUCUAUUCAAGACUAGAGCUAUAUCUAAUUUAUUUCAUUUGUCUGAAACGCACAGAAUGUUGCAGAAAACAUGCCAAGAAUUCGCAGAAGCGGAACUGCAACCAAUUGCAUCAAAAAUAGACAAGGAACACUUGUACCCGAGAGAACAAGUUAAAAAGCUUGGAAAUCUUGGUUUAUUUGGAGUUGUAGUUCCUGAAAAGUAUGGUGGUGCUGGAUUGGAUUAUUUAGGAUAUUCUAUAGCCAUGGAAGAAAUAAGCCGAGGUUGUGCUUCAUGUGGUGCUAUUAUGAGCGUUCAUAAUUCUUUAUAUUUGGGUGGCCUCCUGCAGUUUGGAAAUAAAUCACAAAUUGAAACUUUUGUCACACCCUUCACAAGUGGAGAAAGAGUGGGUUGCUUUGCCUUGAGUGAACCAGGUAAUGGAAGUGAUGCCUGCGCUGUAUCAACAACCGCAAGGCUAGAUGGUGACUCCUGGAUUCUUAAUGGUACAAAAGCAUGGAUUACGAAUGGACAUGAAGCUGAGGCUGCUCUCGUGAUUGCUACAACAGACAAAUCGAAGAAACACAAAGGCGUUAGUUGCUUUAUUGUUCCUAAAUCUACAACUGGACUUUCUGUAGGUAAAAAAGAAGACAAAUUAGGAAUUAAAGGAUCAUCUACUUGCAAUUUAAUUUUAGAAGAGUGUAGGAUUCCAAAAGCGAAUCUUCUAGGAAAAUUAGGAGAUGGAUUUAAAAUUGCAAUGACAGUUCUUGAUGGUGGUCGAAUAGGUAUGGCAAGUCAAGCUAUUGGGAUUUCACAGGCAGCUCUCGAUUGUGCAAUCGUGUAUGCGUCGCAGAGGAAGGCCUUUGACAGAACCCUGCUAAACCUUCAAGCGAUUCAGAUGAAAAUUGCUGACAUGGAGAUGAGAACAGAAGCAGCCCGCUUAUUGACUUGGAAAGCAGCAACCUUAAAGGACUCUGGUCAAAGAUACACUAAGGAAGCUGCCAUGGCGAAACUCGCUGCAUCUGAAACAGCAACCUUUGUAACUCAUCAGGCAAUUCAGAUCCUUGGUGCGAUGGGUUACACAACUGGCAUGCCUGCAGAGAGAUUAUACAGGGAUGCAAGAGUGACUGAAAUUUAUGCAGGACCUAGCGACAUACAGAGGGUUGUUAUCACUAGGAACGUUGCCAAAGAAUAUGGAAUUAGGGGUUGUCGAUAAUUAUUAUUUUUUUUCAUUUGAUGUUGUGGUCAUUUGAUGAAAGUGUCGUCUUUGAUUCAAUAUAAUAAUAAAAAAAAUAUGCAUUUUCUGCGA